AUGAGGAUCGAGGAACUCAUCCUCGACGGCUUCAAGUCGUACCCGGUGCGGACGACCAUUUCCGGCUUCGACGAGUCGUUCAACGCCAUCACAGGUCUGAACGGUUCGGGAAAGUCCAACAUUCUCGAUGCUAUCUGUUUCGUCCUCGGUAUCACGAACAUGCAGUCGGUCCGCGCAAACAACCUCAUGGACCUGAUCUACAAGCGUGGUCAGGCAGGCGUUACCAAGGCAUCCGUUACUAUUGUUUUCAACAACCAGGACCGCAGCAAAUCACCAGUCGGCUUUGAGAACACGCCCCAGAUCACGGUGACGCGUCAGAUCGCGGUCGGCAAUGUGUCCAAAUAUCUGCUCAACGGUCACAAGUCUACGCUUCAGACGAUUCAGAACCUCUUCCAGUCUGUUCAGCUCAACAUCAAUAACCCCAACUUCCUCAUCAUGCAGGGCAAGAUCACCAAGGUGCUCAACAUGAAGCCUGCCGAGAUUCUCGGCAUGGUGGAGGAGGCAGCGGGUACGCGCAUGUUCGAGGAGCGCAAGGACAAGGCCGUCAAGACUAUGACAAAGAAGGACAAAAAGGUCGAGGAGAUUGAGAAUCUCCUUCGCGAGGAGAUUGACCCCAAGCUGGAGAAGCUCCGCGCUGAGAAGCGUUCGUACCUCGAAUACCAGAAGGCCACCUCUGAGCUUGAGCGCCUCACACGCCUCGUCAAGGCGUACGAGUGGAAGCUCGUGUGUGAAAAGGUCGAAAAGGCGGCCGUCACGCUCCAGCAGAAGAAGGAGGACAUCAAGGGCGCCAAGGACGACAUUGAGCGCGGCGGCAAGGAGUGCAAAGACAUGGAGAAGGAGCUUGCCGAGAUUGAAGCUCGUCGCGCCAAGGAGAUGGCCAAGGGUGGAAAGGUCCAAGCUCUCACCGACGCGGUCAACAACCUCGAACGCGAACUCGUCAAGGUCAAGACCCAGCUGGAGAUCAAGGAGAGCACCGUCGCCGACGAUUCCAAACGCGUCGAGAGCGCCAAGCGCGGUGUCAAGGAUGUCGAGGACUCGCUCGCCCAGAAGCGCCAGUCAUCUGCUGCGGAGGCUUCCGCAUACGCCGAGCUCAAGCAGGCCUACGAUGCUGGCGCCGCGGACCUUGCGCGUACCGAGGAGCUUCUCCAAACUCUUCUCACCGGUCUUUCGUCCUCUAACGAGGACGAGGGUGCUGGUGGUUACAUGGGAGCUCUUGCCGAGGCCAAGGCUCGACUUGCGGCUGCCGGAACCGAGGCCGAGCAGGCAAAGGUCAAAAUCGGUCUUGCGGAGCGCGAGAUCAAGGACAAGGAGCCGCGCGCCAAAAAGGCCGAAAAGGAGGGCGAGGGUCUUUUGAAGGAGCUCGCGACCAAGCGCGCUGACUCUGAGAAGCUUCGCACCCGUGUCGACGCUGCCGGCUGGGACGAGGACAAGGAACGCACCCUUCUCGAGCGCCAGGCCGAGCACAGCCAGAAGAUUGCCCAGCUCUCCGAGAAGCGCGACACGCUCAAGUCACGACUUGCCGCCAUCGACUUUACAUACUCGGACCCUUACCCCAACUUUGACCGCUCGCAGGUCAAGGGUCUCGUUGCCACUCUCGUCGACCUGGAAGAGGCCAACUACUCUAGCUCGACGGCUCUGGAGAUUUGCGCCGGUGGCAAAAUGUACAACGUCGUUGUCGAGGACGAAAAGGUCGGCUCGGCACUGCUCGACAAGGGUCGCCUGCGCAAGCGCGUCACCAUUAUCCCUCUCAACAAGAUUAACGCGUUCCGCAUGUCCGCCGAGAAGAUUGCUGCUGCCCAGCGUGUCGCACCAGGCAAGGUGAACCUGGCCCUCGAUCUCGUGGGCUAUGACGAGGACGUCAGCGCCGCCAUGGCAUACGUCUUUGGCGAUGUCUUCAUCUGCAAGGACAAGGAGGCCGCGCAGGCCGUUACUUUUGACAAGAGCAUUGGCGUCCGCUCCGUCACCCUCGACGGCGAUGUCUACGACCCCUCGGGUACCCUCAGUGGCGGUGCUGCUCCCAGCUCGUCUGGCCUUCUCGUCAAGGUCCAGGCACUCCGUGCUGUGGAGCGUGAGAUGACUCAGCACAAGAAGAAGCUUGAGGAGGUCUCGCGCGAGCUCUCCAGCGCCAAAAAGGUCAUUGACCAGUGGCGCAAGGACCGUCGCGAACUCGACCUGUGUCUUCACCAGGUCAAGCUACUUGAGGAGCAGGUCAGCGGUAGUAACGCGACAAAGAUCAUUGCCGAGGUUGAGGCUGCGCGCAAGUCCCUUGCCGAGUUCAAGGCUGUUGUCGACUCGGCCAAGGAGAAGCAAAAGGCAGCAUCGGCAGAUGUCAAGCGCCUUGAGAAGGAGAUGGACGAUUUCAAGAACAACAAGGACUCGAAGCUCAAGGAGAUCAAGGCCGACAUUGCCAGCAAGAAGAAGGAGCUUGGCAAGAAGACUACCCAGGUCAAGACGCGCCAAAAGGAGGUCCAGACUGCCGAGCUUGAGAUCCAACAACUCGACGCCGACAUCGACGCUGCGCGUGUCGAGGUGGAUGAGGCUAUUGCGGCGCACAACAAGAGCAAGGCAGAGCACAAGGCUCUUGCCGAAACGCUCAAGUCUCAACAGGCCGACCACAAGGCGGCCGAGUCCAAGCUCAAGGCCGAGCGCGCCGUCCUCGUGCGCUUUGACGACGAGCUGCACGACCUUGAACGCGACCUCAAGGCCAAGCGCCAGGAGAUUGUGGAUGCCGAGCUUGCACUCAAGAAGCUCGACCACGACCUGGGAGUCGUUGCCAAGGAGCGCACUGGUUCCGAGUCAGCCAAGGAGAAUCUCGAAAAGCAGUUCCCCUGGAUCCUCGAGGAGUACCAGUUCUUUGGCAAGCCCGGCACGCCAUACGACUUUGCGGGCGUCAACCUCGGCCAGGCGCGCGAGCAGUGUCGCGAGCUCGAGGCGCAGCACAAGGGUAUGGGCCGCAAGAUCAACACCAAGGUCAUGAACAUGAUCGACAAUGUCGAGAAGAAGGAGCAAGCCCUGCACAAGAUGAUGUCGACUGUUCUCAAGGACAAGGCCAAGAUUGAGACGACCAUUGUCGAGCUGGACCGUUACAAGCGCGACGCCUUGCUCAAGACUUGGGAAAAGGUCAACGGCGACUUUGGUCUCAUCUUUGCCGAGCUUUUGCCUGGCAACUUUGCCAAGCUGCAGCCUCCCGAGGGCCAGGACCUCACCGACGGCCUCGAGGUCAAGGUCCGCCUUGGCGAGGUGUGGAAGGCGUCCCUCACCGAGCUCUCUGGUGGCCAGCGUUCGCUCAUUGCGCUGUCCCUGAUCAUGUCGCUGCUCCAGUUCAAGCCCGCACCCAUGUACAUUCUCGACGAGAUUGACGCCGCCCUCGACCUGCAGCACACUCAACACAUCGGCCAGCUCUUCCGUACCCGUUUCAAGGGCUCGCAGUUUAUCGUCGUCUCCCUCAAGGAAGGUCUUUUCACCAACGCAAACGUCCUCUUCCGAGCCAGGUUCCGCGACGGCACCUCGGUUGUUGAGCGUACUGCUACCAGGUCGGCCACGGCCUGGAACGAGGACAAGGAGAAUGGCAACGGCGGCGCAGCAGAGCAGGCAGGCGGCAAGAAGCGUGCCGGUGCGGCUGCUUCUCGUGCACCAUUAGCUGCGAGGUGA